GUUACUGAAUCAGAAAUUGAAAUGAAGGCUCUAGUCAAGGGAUUUCUGUUCACUUUGAGCUGCAGUCUCUCCUUUGCCUUCUAUUUUCAUCAGGGGGAAAAAGAGGAAAAAUGCAUCAUAGAGGACAUCCCAGGUGAUACUCUAGUUACAGGACGAUAUAAAAUGCAAUCUUGGAAUUUUGCUACACAUGAUUUCCUUCCUUCUGCCCCAGGUUUGGGUUUGGUUGUGAACAUCAAGGGUCCAGGUGAACAGAUUUUGCUACAUAAAUUAUAUGGUCCAGAAAGUCAUUUUACAUUUCAUUCGCACUCUCCAGGGGAGCACUACAUCUGCCUGUCUUCCAACUCCACCAAAGUAGCAGUGUUUGCUGAAGAGAAAUUGCGCAUCAAUUUGGACAUUCAGGUUGGUGAACAUACAAAUGAAGCAUCUCUUGAUGGAGCCAAGGACACAAUGAAUGAUGUGCAGAAAUUAAUUCAUCAUUUGAUUGGGCAGAUGCAAUAUAUCAACAAACAACAGGACUACCAGAGGGAACGUGAAGAAAAAUUUCGGCAAGUCAGUGAAUGGACUAACAACAGCAUCUUAUGGUGGGCUUUGAUUCAGACCUCAAUCCUUCUCACAAUGGGAGUCUGGCAAAUGAAGCACAUGAAAAAUUUAUUUAUAGCCAAGAAAUUAGUGUAAAAGUAACUGCCUUACAGGGUAGAAUUUCCACUGAAGGCUUCCCAAUUUAUCUUCCACGCUUCUGCAGAAGAGCUUUAAAAAGGCAGAAUAAUUACAUGAAAACUCAUUUAUCAAAAUGUACCAGAAUUUCCUUAGAUCUACAAAUGGUUGUUGUGCAGAGGGUGGCUGCUAUGGAAAAUCAACAGUUGUAUGUUUUUAAAAUUAUGACACAUUUAAAACAAAUUCAUUUUAAUCACUUAGUCAUACAUUUCAUAGAUUCCCUAAUAAUUAACUAAAGAUGGAUAUUUGUCCUCCAAAAGCCAACCAAUUUGAAUUCAUGUGUCAUGCCUAAGGCACAGAGGCUAUUUCUUCCUGGUCAACCAAGCAAGGGUAAACAGUUUGAGGAUCUCACUGGGUUCGGGAGGCUGGGUCAGUGGAUUAGUGUGGUAUAGAAACCUUAGAAAAUCACCAAUCUGCACAGUAUUUUCUUUGAGCUCAACACUGCAGUAUUACUGAAUAAUGCUUUGCCAUUUUGAUUCAGGACUUUUAUCUGUCACAGGUAAUUUCUUAUGUGAUUGAGUGUUUAGAGAAUGCAUUAUGAGUUUGUGUUAAUGUAAUUUCCAAAAUGAUCCAUACUAAAAUUUAAAUUGUUAUUCCAUAUGUGCAUUGAAAAAGGUAAUAAAACACUGAGGUUUUUCUGAGAA